CCUGAUCAUCACGUGGAAGAGAAGAAAGAGGUUAUUUUAGAGAAGGUUCCGUCAAGAGAUGAUGUCAAAGAGGUGAAUGAGGAAGAAGUGGUUGUUAAGAAACAAGGAGAUGAAAAUCAUCGACAAGAUGUUGUGAAGAAACAAGAGGAGGAUAAUAAAGAGGUUGUGAAGAAACAAGAAGAGGAUAUUCAUCAUGAGGAUGUGACCAUCAAUGUUAAGAAGGAAGGAGAAGAUGUCAAGAAUCAUGAUGAUGACGAAAGGAGUGUCAUUAGCAACUUUGAUGAAAGAAUGAUAGGUCCUGGAUCUCCAAGCUUUAGGGUUUAUUGCAUCGAUGUUCCUUCUUCUGAUGAUGAUGAUGAAGAAAAAGAUGGAGAAGACACAAGAAAAUCGAUGGAAAUCGAAAGUGUCAUGACAGAGAUAAAAGAGGACGGAAGCAUCGUCAAAAAGGAGAAAAGGGAAAGGAGAGGGAAGAGGUUUGGAAUCGGAUUGCCGAAGAAGUAUUUAGCCAAUGUGACUGCACCGUGCUAUGCUGGUGGAGGAUGCAUGGGGAACACUCAUUCUCGUUUGGUGCAAGAGAAACCGAGACAGUGAUAUCGAUAAAAAUUAUAUAUGUCGUUUGCCAUCUGCCUUUAUUUGUUGAAGUAAGAACGGUGAGGUGCACGUACUUACGUGACUGUGAGUAAUCAAAACCACCCAACCACGGAUACGAAUUUAGACCUUUGAUUUAUUUCAACUUUUUAAGAGACCUUAAUUGUUUCAGAAUCUGUACACCUCUUCUUCAUAUUUGCUUUCUUUGAUCAGGGUAAGUUAGUGUUUGAAGAAUUUACUUUUUCCAUGUGGAAAGAUGUAAGUAAUUUAAUUUGUGCAAUUAAAAAGUGUUGUUUAAA